AUGGAAGACAGCAGCCAUGGUUUCAAUGAAAGUAGGUCUGUCAUGACUAAAGACAACCUUAAAUUACUUGAUUUAAGCACUGCUGACAACUUUUGUGAAAAUCAAGGAAGGGAAAGUGAGUAUGCGGCAUCUUUGGCCGACGAAUGUGAAGAAAACUUGGAACAGACAAGAAGUAUGGUACGGGCUCGAACAAACCAUGUUCGCAAGCAAACAGUAAACAAUUCUAUCAAGAAGAAACCUCAAAAGAAACGCCGUGUAACGGCCAAUUUAGCUGCAACUAAGUACGAUGUUGUUAGAAAAGUUUGUCUUCAAUGUGGAAUGUAUCUUGUAAGGGAUGAUGACUCAAACAGUUUCCUCAUUUGGAGUGAUUCAUUAGUGCCAGUUGAAAAAAUUAUAGAACUAAAAUCUUUUUAG